AUGUCAGUCAGACAAGAAUACACUUUACUUUUGAGGUCUAUUAAAGUUAAGAUUGAUGAGUCUACCUUCAGACAGAAUUCAACAGAAUUUCAAAAUGAACUAGUCAACAUCAUCGGUAAAUUAUUAUCAUUAAAGGAUAAGGUAUAUCAUCAUUUGGCAUUAUUUAGUGACAAUGAAUCUUUAGAUGAUAUAUCUACAUCAUCACUGGAGUUUCUUUCUAUUGAUUAUUAUUUAGCAUAUUUGUGCUCCAAAAAACAAGUGGUAUCAACUCAAAUUAAUGAUGACAGUUCCAAAAAUAGAAUGAAGUUAAAGUUUUUAGAGAAAUCAGUACAGUUAUACAUUCAAUUUCUAAUUACACUACAAGAGUCUGAGAUUUUGGAUAAAUAUCUAGCUAAGAAACUAGAUGCCUUUGAAGAGACUUACAAGCCUCGGCUAUCUGAACUAUAUAAUGUUACAGUAAAAGAUCAAAAUGAUAUGGCAGGUGCAAUGUUGAAAAGACAACAAAAAAUAGAGGGAUUCAAGAAUGCUAGAGCUGUUGAAGCACAAUUGAAAGAACUAGAAAAGAGAAUUGCCGUUAGAGAAGAUGUAGAUAUUGAUACAAAUGAUGAUGAAUUGCUGCGUGAGAUAUAUAUUCAGAAAUUGAAGGUUUUAAGUUAUACAUCUUUCAAUGAAAUUGAACAAAUAUUAUAUGAAUCUGAAUUAUUAGCUAACUUCUUGAAAGAACCUGUGCUGCAGGAGGUUAAAGAAGAUAAUGAAACACAGCCAGAAGAGAAUUCUACUGGUGGUUAUACAGAAAGGUUAGAAACCUUAAACAAGCCAUUGCUUUCAAAAACAGGCAAAAUUCUAAGGAAUUUUACAUUAAUGGAUAAAAAGACACAAUUACAAAAGAAAGUUAAAGGGUAUGGUCAAUAUGGUCCUACUAUGACUGUUGAAGAAUUCCUUGAGAAAGAGUUUGAAGAAGGAAGAGUACUACAAGGAGGAGAAGAACAACCAGAAGAACAUGACUCUGAUGAUGAUGAAUGGCUAGAUAAAGAGACCUAUAAAGCAAGAGAAUGGGACGAAUUUAAAGAGGCAAAUCAAAAAGGUAGCGGUAAUACUAUUAAUAGAGGCUAA